AUGGACGACAAGGCAAAGUUAAGUCUUUUAAGACAUUGGAUAAAUUUGAAAGCUGCCGCCGUCCUGCCUCUGGUCUCCGCCUCACUCAUCCCCGAGGCUGGCACGCCCCGGAUAGCCUGUCGCAUCAGCAACUACCAGACCGUCUCAUCACCACGUUUUAUUAGAUUUGACACCCUCGACUGCAACACCUAUGACGAUGUCAGAGAUGCUAAAAUGGGAACAGAACAAAAACCAAAACAAAUCAUUGGAAUUGAUGAACAUGGCAUUGGCAUUCCCUCCAUUUCUAUUAUGCUUAUGCUUCAUGAACUCAUCAAAUUACUGCACCAUGUCUGGUGCUGUGAUGUUACCAUUAUCAGAAUUGGGACAUCAGGGAGAAUAGGUACUGCCCUGGGGUCUGUUGUAAUAGCAGAUACGGCCACAGACUCCUUCCUGGAGCCCUGGCUUGAACAGGUAAUCUUGGAUAAGACCACCAUCUGAAGUACUAAACUUGACAAGGAAGUGGCCGAGGAGCUCCUCAGCUGUAGCAAGGGAAUCCACUUCCCAGUCCUCAUCAGACAUGUGAUGUGUACCUAGGAUUUUUAUGAAGGCCAGGGUCAACUAGACGGAGCACCGUGCUCCUUUUCCAGAGAAGAAAAGUUACAUUGCUUGAAGAGAGCAUAUCAAGCCGGUGUCAGAAAUAGUGGAAUGGAUUCGGCAGUGUUUGUGGCCGUGUGUAGACUGUGUGGUCUGAAAGCUCCUGUGGUCCAUGUGACACAUCUUGACAGACUUAAAUGUGACCAGAUCAGCUUGCCCGAAGAGCAACAGCCUCAGCCCCUAAUCUCCAACUUCAUCAAACAGCAGCUUGGAUUUCAUGACCAGAUGUCAUAA